CUCUGCAGACGCACAACUGAAAACACAAAGGGGGCGUUCCUUCUGUAAUGCUUGCAAGCUGUCCUGCACAGAGAACAGAAGUUGGUGGCUGUGUCAUUUGUGAUGAACCCGAUUUCUUGUUGACAGCUGGACUAACCUGGCUCUGCACUGAUUCUGGACAGAUGAUGAAGUGAGAUGGGCUUUACACAGGUCCUGGGCCUUUGAAGCCGUCUCCCUCUGCUCUCAGCUGUAUAUUUUACCAUGGCGUGUCCUCUGAGCGGCUGCAGUGGAGGAGGCGACUGCCUGCGUUGUGUCCUGAAUCACGGCUUUAUCUGAGACCCACAGUGUGUGCGCGGACGGCUCCCAAGACUUUGACUGUGCCUUUGUCCCGGACCUGCUCAUGCUGCCAAACCAUGUAUGUCCUGGCUGUUCUGAGUGUCCUCCACCUCUGCUGUUCAAGUCCAGCGACAAGCCAAGACUGGCCUUUGGACUGCACUGCCCGAAAGACCAUCCCUUACCACAGUGACAACGGGAGGCUGUUCAGAGAGGAUGAUGUGUGGAACUACACCACGGUCAUCUUGCGAGAGGACCUGGGUCUGAUUGUGCUGGGAACCAGAGGCGUCAUCUAUGCCCUCGACAUCAACAACAUCAACACCAAGAAGGCCUCUGUCAAAUGGGAUGUGACCGAUACACAGCAGACAGAAUGCACGUAUAAGGGAAAGGACCAAGAAAUUGACUGUCAGAACUACAUCCGCAUACUGCAUACAAUAGAGGAUGGAAGAAUAUUUGUAUGUGGAACCAAUGCUUUCAAUCCAAUGUGUGAUUACAUGAAUUACACAGAGGGACAGUUGAUUCUGCAAAAUGACCAAGAGGAUGGGAAAGGGAAAUGCCCCUUCGAUCCCUUUCAGAGGUUCUCAUCAGUGUGGGUUGAGGGAGAACUGUACUCGGCCACCUCCAUGAACUUCCUGGGUUCAGAGCCUGUGGUGAUGCGGGGUUCCCCAGAGCCAAUCCGCACCGAGUUCAAGACCUCCUGGCUUAAUGAACCCAACUUCGUUUUCAUGGACCAUAUUCCUGAGGGUGCGAAUAGCCCCACUGGAGAUGACGACAAGGUCUAUCUGUUCUUCAGUGAGACUGCGGUGGAAUAUGACUUCUACCAUAAGCUGGCUGUGUCUCGGGUUGCAAGGGUCUGCAAGGGAGACUUAGGGGGCCAGAGGACUCUUCAGAGGAAGUGGACAUCUUUUGUGAAAGCGCGUCUGGAGUGUCCUGUCCUGGAGUCCCAGCUGCCUUACUUAGUGCAGGAUGUGUUCCGCUUAUGUCCUGAUGACGACUGGAACUCAUGUAUAUUCUACGCCGUCUUUACGCCUCAGAUGGACUCAUCCGACUAUUCAGCUGUGUGUGCAUACAGCAUGCAUGAUAUACAACAAGUGUUUACUGAGGGGAAGUUCAAAACGCCUGUUACCGUGGAAACCUCUUUUGUGAAAUGGGUCAUGUUCAGUGGUGAUCUGCCCACCCCUCGCCCGGGAGCGUGCAUUGACGCCGAGGCACGUGAGCAGGGCAUUCAGAGCUCUCUCGACCUGCCUGACAAGACUCUGCAGUUUAUCCGAGACCGCCCACUGAUGGACCAGGCGGUUCAGCCAAUCAGCAGCCGGCCACUGCUGGUAAAGAAAGGGGCCUGGUUCCUGCGCAUUGUAGUGGCCCCUGUGGCAGCUUUGGAUGGAGCCACUUACCCAGUCAUGUUCAUUGGCACAGACUCUGGCUCUGUACUCAAAGCCGUCGACUACCCUGCAGACAAUGCAGCAGACACCUUCAUAAUUGAGGAAGUGCAACUCUUUCAGUCAUCCAAUGCAAUCAAGAUUCUCAGGCUCUCUGAAAGCACGGGUCACCUGUUAGUGGGCUCUGAAGUCGGCAUAGUGCAGAUGCCACUGAGUUCUUGUGGCCGGUAUAAAUCCUGUGCGGACUGUGUCCUUGCCCGUGAUCCCUACUGUGCAUGGGAUCUCACCUCAGGACAGUGUACUGCCAUCAGCUCGGCACAGACUCAAGCAAAGAGGAAGCUGAUUCAGAACCUGCAGGAUGGAGAUACUUCUCUAUGCCCCCCUUCAGAGAAGGCAAAGAUGAUCAACACCAGCUUCGUAAUGGGAAGCAAUGUGAAGCUGAAGUGUGAGCUCAUCUCUAACCUGGCAGAGGCGACCUGGUAUAGAGGGGACAACCAGCUGGCUCCGUCGGAUAAACAUCACAUCAGUAGGGACAGCCUUGUGAUCCCCAACGCUGGAUCGGAUGACGCUGGCAUGUACACCUGCUGGUCAACGGAGGGUAUAGCAGGCCAUGUGCACCGCAGGCAGGAGGCCGAGUUCAAACUCACUCUCGGGACAGAGGACCCCAUCGCGCCCCAGGCACGGUCGGCCAGCAAGGGCUUGGUGGGCCUGCAGGUCCUGGUGGUGUUCCUGUCUCUAAUGCUGGGCAUUCUAGUUGGGUGGAACUUCUAUAAGGGCCACUUUCCAUUGCCUUGCAUGCAGAAACAAAGACAGUCCUCCAUUGAGGACAGCCAAGCAGAUGUGCCCGGUGUGCUAGAGCCCCUACACUGCACAGAGGACAAAACCACAGCCCCAGCUGGGAACAGUAACAACAACCACACCGACCUGGCAAACACUGUCCCCGUGGAUGGCCACGCCACUGAGGAAUCCAGUAUCUAAACUCUGGUGUAACUUCCUGUUGAUGAUGGAUACCUUUUGUUUGAAGUCCAGGGUGGAUGGAUACCUUUUGUCCACCUUGUGGACAACCUUGUGAACCGUCUUCUUCAUAAUUCUUUGUGACUGAUGUGAUAUGGGUGCAUCUGAUCAAAUGAUUCAUACUCACAAUCUGUCACACUGAAACAUGCAUUAAGUGCCACUGUGAAUGUUUUUGUUGUCUUUGUUUCGAAUAGCAUAGAUGUUCAUGUCAACUUGCUGGGAGCAGUGUAUGUGAAAUUUGGAUCUGUUGACAUUUAGCAACACUAAGCAGGGGUGAGGGAAUCAGAGUUGGAGCCAAUACUGUGAUUAAUUACACAACACUGAAGGUAUGUCAGUUAUAUGCUUAAAUUGUUGUGCCUUAAGUAUGUGCUUACUGAAAAGUGGCCACUGGUACAGAGAGCCAUCCAUGCCAGCAGUGCAAUGGACAUUAUCAACAGGCACUUCUGACUCUGUUGUGAUGUGGAGCAUCUCAAUGUUGCUGUUUCUCAAGGAAUUUGGUGACUCUUGGACUUUUGUAUAUAGAGAACAGCUGAACAUAAAUGAAAAGACAACAAUGUA